AUGUAGCGGAGUGGGACAAAGGUCCGGGUCCUCUCCAGGUGAGUCCGGCUCUAACGGGGGGUUCUCCACAGCCAGCUGCUCCCUUUAAGCUGCCCUGAGCUAGCUUAGCAUGGAGGCUAACGGAGAAGCUGCCCUGCUGUUGUUGUUCAGGGUCCCACUCAGGAACAUAUGCGGAUUUGUUCGGCUGGGCAUUCAAAUUAACUGGAGGCAGGUGCCUUAAAUAAAGCCAGUUAAUUUGUUAAAUUGAACCCUGGUAGAUGACACAAAUGGCAGGAAGAGUGCUAGCUAUUUAUCAGUGAAUAAAGUCAGACAUAUGACAGGUUUCACUACAGAAAGUGGCUCUAACGUGGAAAAAACGUAGUUGAAUGUUUUGAUCUUAAAGAGAGUAACGUGAAAAAAGUGGUGUUUUUACUGUAGCUGAGGAGUAAGCAGCCCACAGACAGUAUUCCAGGUCUGACCGUCAGUGCUCCCUCAGCCAGUCAAUAACAAGAAUAACAAGACCCUCACUGGGUUCACAUGUUUCCAUCCAGUGGAGCCACCAGCCAGCCUCCCAGUGUGUCCCACUGUCAGUAGCUCCUGUUCCAGAGGAGACCCCCCCAGACCCGGGGGGAGCAGGCUGACGAAUGUCCCGAACGCUGACGGCCAUGAGCGGCCCCGUGUCUGAGGAGUCCCAGCGGGGGUCUCCGGGAGCCCUCGUCUCAGUCAUCAGCAACAGGACCUCCAACCUGCUGGCCCGGGGGGCCCUGCUCUUCUCGGUGGGGGUGUUCCUGGCCCUGGUGCUCAACCUGCUGCAGGUCCAGAGGAACGUCACCCUCUUCCCCCCCGACGUCCUGGGCAGCGUCUUCUCCUCCGCCUGGUGGGUGCCGCCCUGCUGUGGCACUGCCUCAGCCCUGAUCGGCCUGCUGUACCCCUGCAUGGACCGGCGUCUGGGGGAGCCCCACCGGUUCAAGAGGGAGUGGUCCAGCGUGAUGCGCUGCGUGGCCGUGUUCGUGGGAAUCAACCACGCCAGCGCCAAGGUGGACUUUGCUAACAACGUGCAGCUGUCGCUCACCCUGGCGGCGCUGUCCAUCGGCCUGUGGUGGACGUUUGACCGCUCCCGCAGUGGCUUCGGCCUGGGGGUCAGCAUCGCCCUGCUGGCCACGCUCACCACCCAGCUCCUGGUUUACAACGGAGUCUUCCAGUACACUUCUCCUGACUUCCUCUACAUCCGCUCCUGGCUGCCCUGCAUCUUCUUUGCCGGGGUCAUCACCAUGGGGAACAUCGGCCGGCAGCUGGCCUUGUACGAGUACAAAUUCCUCCAGGAGAAGAGCCACCAGGACUGACGGGCGCGGCAGCUCCAGCAGGCCACGCCCACCGCGCCCCACGCCAAACCAGCCCUGGCUUCUGAUUGGCUGCCUUCUGCUGAGGAGGACAGUGUACCGCCAGCCUUCACAGCCCCUGCUACCCACCCCGAGCCGGGGGGCCAGGGGGCCCAGCCCGGUUUGGCUCCAUUAGCUAGAAAAGGGAUGAGCUCCACGGUGCCAAACGCCGGGAUCAGGUCUCAUCUUCUGAUCCGGCCUCCUUCUGCUCGCUUCAGCAGAUGAGCCGCAGCCUUUCAGCUCCUCUCUAGUCAGUGUGUGUGGACCAGACUCUCUAUUGAACCUACCUAAUGUGCUGUGUUUGGAGCUGCUCUGGACUCAGACCACAGUAUGAGAUGAACUCAGGAGGAACCGUUCAGUUUGCUCCCUCACAAAGACCCCCCAAACCAGAGACCCAACCCAGGGCCACAGGCCAGCCCAGCUCCCCUGUGGUGAGCAGAGCCUCAGACAUUGGGAGUGUUGGGGGGUGGGGGGGUCCACUAGUAUUUCCAGACCUCUGGCUGAGCCCGACCGGCCGGAGCUGUGGGUGGCAGAGUGCUGGUUCAGGGCUGGAAACAGUGUUUUCUCUUAGGUGUGAGCAGAAGCUCAGAGGAGCUGUGUCCUGGUUCUCUGGAACGACAGCUGUGUUCAGAAAGCUCUGUCAAAUGUUAAUGAGUGGAAUAAAGACAUGGCCUUUCAGCGACUGCCUCUGUGUUCUGUCCAGAAAACGGAUGUUUUGUUUUAUCUAAAGCAGACCUAUCAAAGCAGACUCAGAUUACAGGUCUGAAUCCUUCCACCAGCUUUCUGAGCCUCCAAAGAAGAGUAACCACCCCGGUGGAGAACAGGAAGUGGACUUGGUGUUCGGGGCAUAGCCAAAAAUGGAUAUCCAACUCCGCCCACAUCCAUGUCUGCCAUUUUGAUUAGGUCACCAAUAGGAGGAUCCCAUAUCUGCUCACCGACGGCAAGAAAACCGG